UCAACAAUGGAUCAAAGCAGCCUGCGACUCAGCCGCUCCCUCCGAGGCAAGGUAGCCAUCGUAACGGGCGCCGGGUGCGUAGGCGACGGAAUAGGUAACGGACGCGCAGAGGCCAUCCUCCUCGCUGAAGAUGGCGCCUCGGUCGUCUGCGUCGACCUGUCCGAGAAAGACGCCGCCCGGACCGCAGAGAUGAUCAACAGCGAAGGCCACGGCGCCGCCAUCCCCUGCGUAGCAGACGUCACCAAGACAGAAGACUGCGCGCGCAUCGUCGAGCUGGCGCUAAAGACGUGGGGCCGCGUCGACGUCCUGAUCAACAACGUGGGCAUUGGCGGGAUCCCUGGCACGGCCGUGGAGGUGGACAUGGUGGCGUGGGGCAAGUGCAUGGAGGUCAAUCUGUCGAGUAUGGUGCUUAUGGCAAAGCAUGCGAUCCCGGCGAUGCGCAAGAAUGACGGCGAGGUCAAAGGCUCCAUCGUCAAUCUGAGUAGUGUUGCUGGCAUGGGCGGCGGCUUGCCUCAUCUCUUCUACCCGACCUCCAAGGGAGCGGCAAUCAAUCUGACAAAGGCCAUGGCUGCCCAACAUGGAAGGGAGGGCAUCCGCGUUAACUGCGUAGCUCCAGGCUCACCCUGGACACCCAUGGUAUCCGCGAGUCCGGCAGUGACUGCGGAAAUCCGCGAGUCGCGGCGAGAAGGUAACCUCCUUGGAACAGAAGGAUCUGGCUGGGACACGGGCUAUGCAGUCCGGUGGUUAGCUGGCCCAGAAUCGAGAUGGAUAACUGGAACCAUUGUACCGGUUGACGCGGGCGUUCUAGCUACUGUAAACCUGUCUGUACCUAAAAAGGGUUGGCAAAAGUAG